UUUAGUUGCAAAGCUCUACUGGGUAGCUGUCAGUAUUCUGUUAACAUCUUUGGCUGAAGCUUUUGGCAUAUUGCAUUUUUUAUCCCCUAUGAACUAAACAUUCCAUGCUGUACUCUUUCAGAUUUGUUAUUCGUCUAGUCAGCUAUACUGCAAUAGAUUUUUGUACUGAACAUUAAGUUCUCAGCCGGUAUUGUUGACCUUCCAGAGUGAACUGUUCCCUGGAGCCAACUUAAUGCUGCAUUUACCUUACUUACUGCUUUCUAGCACACUACAGCGCCUGGAUCUUGAAUACCUUUGAUUUGAAACAGCUGACUUGUGAGGAUGUCUCUGUCAGAUGCUAAGUCUGUAAUGGUGGCAGUGCUGGCUGGGGCUGCUGGUAUCAGCCUGGCUGUGAUUUGGUAUAAAAAGAUGAGGCACCCUAGGACCCCCUUGCUGCUCAGUGAGCUUAAUUCCUUCAGUAACUGGAACUAUCGUCAGUUUACCAGAGUGGAUGAUAACCAGGGAGCACAGUUGUCUUUUCAUGCAAAUCAAGGGGAAAUACUUGAAAAAUUAAAUUGCCUGAUAAGGAAUGUUGAGGACCUGAAGGAAGAGAUCCAGAACCUGAAGGAAGCCAUUCCCAAACUGGAAGAGGAGGUACACAGUGAGCUGAGAGGUGAAGUAGUGGCACGGAGGGUCAGCCCUGCACAUAGGGCAGCAGGGAGGAGGAGAACUGAACGAACUCGAGAACAGUCUGAGCAGCUUAGCACUGAGGAAACCGAGAGUGAAGGAGGCUACAUCACCGCUCAAUCCGAAACAGAUGAAGACUCAGAGGAGGAGAAACUGUCAAGCAAAGCUUUCAAUGAGCUUACACUCAGUGAAAGACAUGAAGAGUUAAUACCCCUUCUUCAACAAGCUGAUAACUUGCAUAAUGAUUCCGAGUCAUGUAAAAGAGAAGGCUUUGCUCUGCUUUUUGAGAAAAAGAAUGAGUAUGGAAACCAUUCAGACUUCUUAUGGCGGCUGGCCCGUGCAUAUGGAGAUAUGUUCGAUUUGGCCACAGACAAGGAGGAAAAGAAGACACUUGCAAUGGAUGGUAAGAGUGUAGCACUAGAAGCCGUUACUUUGAAUCCACAGUGUCCAUACAGUCAUCAAUGGUUUGCACUUAUGUGUGGAUACUUGUCUGAAUAUGAAACCAUACAGAAUAAAAUCAAGAAUGGCUACUUGUUUAAGGAACAUCUGGACAAAGCGAUUGAACUCCAGCCACAGAAUCCCCUCUUAUACUACCUCCUUGGAAGAUGGUGCUAUGCUGUUGCUCAGUUGUCAUGGAUUGAAAGGAAAGUUGCUGCUGCUCUGUUUGGAAAUCCACCAUCAGCCACAAUACAGGAAGCUCUGCAUAACUUCCUUAAGGUGGAAGAACUUCAGCCUCAGUAUUCAAAAUUCAAUUAUGUAUAUUUAGCCAAGUGCUUUAAUGAGCUUGGACAAAGAUCCAGUGCACUGAAGUGGUGUAAUGAGGCUUCCUCAAUGCCUUCUGUCACAAAAGACGAUUAUUUGGCUGAAAAAGAACUAGAAACAUUACUUCCACUGCUUACCGCAGUUAGGCAGUAAAUGCAGCACUUUCACAAGAUGAAUGAAGAAGCCAGGACUUGUACUAUCAGAAUAACUACGAGCACUGAUUACUUACCCUGAAUGGUUCAGAUAUGUUCAUUUACAGUUCCAGAAUGGUUCAGAUAUGUUCAUUUACAGUUCCAGAAUGGUUCAGAUAUGUUCAUUUACAGUUCCAGAAGCCCCCAAUUCAGAGAUGUUCUUGAUACUGUAGAGCAUUUUCCUUUUUGCAAUAUGUGAGAUGUCUUUGAAACUUGCACCAGUAGAACAUUUUGAAGCCAAACAGGUUUACUUACAAAGUAGUGUCUAAAUUUACUAUUUCCAUUUUUCAGAAAUAUUUUUAUUAAUGUAUGUACUCUGUGUUCAAGACGUAGUUCUCCACUCUCCAGUUAUCUCAGGUCUUAAUACUGAUGAUGUAUCUAUUUCAAGGACAGCACCACUAAACCAGGAACACUUUCUAGUUUCUUCCCACGCUUUGUAGAAAAGACACGCACACUUUAAUUGGUUUUAACUUACGUAAUUUAUUGGGUGAAGUAUGAACCCACCUUGUUUAGACAAGUUAUCUUAGCUGAAUUAAAUUACUAUUUAUGCAUAUUACUAUCUUCCAUUUUUAACUCAGUCCUUUGUCUCAUUACAGGGUGAGGAAAUGUUUAAACACUUAAAUUUCUAUGAAAAGAGAUUUUUUUUUAUUUUUAAAAUAGUUUAGUUUUUUACUGAUUUUUGUUUCUGUCCAAUUUGUUAGUGAAGAUAUCCAUAUGCUCUGUGUGCAAAUGGUAAUAUAUGUAUGGAUGUAUGUAUGUGUGUAUAUGUAUGUAUGUAUACAUGCACACACACACGCGUGCACAUGCACAUAUGUACACUGUGUACCUAAAGACAGUCACUAAGUUACCAAGCUACUCUGAAAGUAGGUGGUUCUAGUUACAAAAAUAAAUUCUAAACUCUUGCUAAACAGUUUUUAGAUGUAACAGUGAUGUUUUUCAAAAAAAUGCAAAAAAUUAUUUUUAAAGUUUAAAACUAUGCUUGUUUUCAAUGUAUAAUCACAGAAGAAUACCUAAGUGUUGGGGACUUUGUGAUGAAGUCUUUUGUCUGCUCCUCAUGGUAGCGGCACAUGAGGCAUGGGCAAGCUCCCAGUAACAAAAUGCAGGGAUUGCUUAUCUCGGCAGUGACGUACAGAAGUCACAAAAAGUAAAGCCAGUUUAAGAGAAAGACACUAGUAGCUGAGACUGUAAAAGACAAACCAUGCAUUCAGAGACAAGCUUUUGCCCAGAUCCUGUUUCCCAGAAACUCACAUAUUGUCAUUUACUGAUUGCUUAAUGGCAACAGCUAUAGGAAUUUAGUUUAGAUUGCAACACAGUAGACUUUUUUCUUUUGCACAUUUGUUUUCCUGGGUUUUAUAUGUCUAUAGGGGCUUAAAUAUGGAUUAUAGUUUUUCUCUUUAGUUAGUUACACUGGAUGUUCUUCAUAGUCAGUGUUGCAGUUCUAAUCCUUCAGUCUUCCUGCCAUGCAGAAGCUCGUUACCAGCCUGAUUUCCAGAGUCUUAUCAUCAUCCCAAAAUAAUGGACAUUCAGUGACUGAUGUCUGGACAUCACUGUAUAAAAAGGAUGCCCAUUGUCACCAUCUUCUGUUCUUUCUAGCCCAUGCAGUGUGAUGCAGUUCACAUGUGUUUUGUACAUCUGUAGGCUGGCUUGUAUUUCCAGAGAUCCUCUGCUUCCAGACAGAUAUGUACCCCUUUGGGGGAAUUUCUUUUCCAAUUAAUGUUCAGAAAAGUUAAUAACUGUUUGUUCUGUGGGAAACAAAUCCCACAUAAAGAUUUUCACUCAUUUUGCUUACACCCUUAGCAUAACAUUUCUAACGGCUCUAACUGUGCUAAGUUUCAAGUAAAAUCCCUAAACAUAGGAGUGAGGUACUUGCAGAAAUCCCCCCUUUUUGAGAAUACCAAAACCUCCAAAGGAACAAUAAAACUUUAUCAAAGAUUUACUUUACCAGGUGUCCAUGCAGCCAGUACCUGCAGGUCAAGAGGGAAAAGGGUUUUAUUCAAGGAUCUUCCCAGUCCCAAGAAAAGAGGGAAACUGGAGACCUAUCCUGGAGUUUUCAAAGCUAAACAAAUUCCUUUAUGUGCCAAAAUUUAGGAAGCUUACAUUGUAAAAGCUGCUAUCCAUGAUUUUUCAGGACACACCCAUGGUCACUAUUGAUCUAAAAGACACCUACUUACAUGUUCCUAUUGCAAUCAAUCACAGAAAAUACCUAAGAUUCAUAGCCUCAGGCUCACGCUUCCAAUUUUGUGCUUUACCAUUUGAUUUCUCUACUGUCCAAAAAGUUUUUACAAAAUGUCUGGCACCCCUAAUAGCACUGCAGAACACCAGGGGUAGACAUGUAUCCAUACCUAGAUGACUGGCUUAUCCAAGAAAGAUUCACCUCAGAGACCCUGCAAUGCCCUUCAUACCUCAGUAGACUGCUUUCAAAAGGUGUGCCUCAAGUUAAAUAUGCAAAAGUCUCAAAUGACACUCCAAGCAAGGGUCCUGCUUCUGGGGGUCCUGAUAGACUCAAUCCAAUAGAAAGUGUUUCUCCCUCAGGACAAGAUUGUUUUUCUGAUGGAUUAUUUGAGCAGCUUACUCACAAGACAACUUAUUUUGGCCAGAAUUUUCUUAAGAAUCUUAGGGUAUAAUGGCAUCAUGUAUCCUGAUGGUCGGUUUAGCAAAGCUACACAUGAGGAAACUCCAAUGGUUUCUCAAAAAUGCCUGGAAGCAGCACACUCAGUCCCUAGAAUCCCUUCUGACUUUGCUCCCAUGCCUCAAGAAGGAACUUCAAUGGUGGAAGGACAUCGUACAGGAGAACCUAGGGACACCUUUCACAGUGCCUCAGGAAGAUAAUACCAUCACUACAGACAGCUCAGAUGUAGCUUGGGGGAGCCCAAUUAGGCCAGCUGAGGGUGCAGGGUAUUUAGUUCCAUCAACAGAGGAAAUUGCACAUCAAUUGCUUAAGGAAAUCCUAGCAGUCAUCUUAGCCAUAAAAGCUUUCCGACAGCAUUUAAGCCCAGCGACUCUGAUAAUCUGGCCAAACAAUACCACAGUCAUGUAGUACAUAAACAAACAAGGGGGGACCUUGUUGCACCUUCUGUGCAGCCUUACCAGAAAUAUCUGGAUGUUAGCCCAAGACUUGGAGAUUACCUUUAUAGCAUCAAACAUCCCAUGCUACCACAAUCUUCUAGUAGACUCCCUUAGCAGGGAUCUACUAGAUCUAAAUGAGUGCAUAUUGAGAUGGAAAGUCUUCUGGAUCUCACCACUGUAUGAGAAAUCCCUUCUAUUGACCUUUUUGCCUCUCUCCACAGCAAACAACUUCUGAGAUUCUGCUCCAGAACACAGGAGGGAACAUAAAAAAUAGAUACUUUCCCCUUCACAUAGACCCAUUGGUUCCUGUAUGCCUUUACCCCUGUUACCCUUGAUUCUGAGAGUACUUAAAAGAUCUGGCCCAACAGACUCAACAUGAUGCUUUUAGCCCCCUUCUGACUCAGAUAAUAUUGUCCCUCUCUCCUCCUCAUCACCCUCAGUGAAAGGAGGCUUUGCAUGCCGCCAAAGGAAGUAGACCUUAUCAACCAAAUCAGGGGAUCGGUCUUCCACCCCAAACUGGCAUCUGUCAGUCUAGCUGCCUGGAGGAUUGGGUCAUGACACCCACCUUGAUGCCCAACCCAAAAAGAUGCUGUUUAUUCUAAAGGAGGCAAGAAAGGCUAACAUCAUAAAGAGUCAUACUUGGCCAAAUAGAAGAAUUUUCGACCUGGUAUAACUGCUUACACACAAUCCCAGCUCUGGCAGACAUCAGUUCAGUACUGCUUUGUCUAUAGCACCUGUUUGAAGAGAGUCUUUCUUAUUACAGCAUAAAGGUUCAUGCUUCUGCUAUCUUAGCUUGCUUGCAGAUUACUCCACUACUCUUCUCUUACAUCCUCACAUGAAACUGUUUUUAAACGGGGUGAGUCACCUGAGACCUCUCAGAAGGGACCCCAUUCCAGUAUGAGACCUAAAUUAUGUUUUGGAAAAAUGAACCCUGUCACCCUCUGAGUCAGCUGCUAUUACACCUCCCAGGAUGCUCACCUAGAGACUACCAUCCAUAUAGCCACCACCUUAUCUAGAAGAGUAUGUGAACUGAAAGCCCUCAUGUGUAUAGAGCUCUUCACUGUCUUCCACAGGGGCAGGGUAACCCACAGAACAAACCCAACAUUCAUUCUCAAGAUGGUUUCAGAACUCAGCCUUAACCAGGGUAUCCAUCUGCCAGUCUCCUUCUGAAAUCCACAGAACAAAGCAUAAAGAAUCCUCCAUUCACUGGAUGUCCACAGACAAAUCAAAUCAUGUACUACCUGGACAGAGCAAAAAGUAUGGACAGGGAAGACUAUCCUUCAUGGAGGGAAAACAGAGCAAGCGUGUCUCAAAGCAAACUAUUUCUAAAGGGACUGCAAACUGCAUCAGUUUUAUAACAAGCCUCUACCUGGUCACAUUAGAACCCAUUCCACCAGGCAUGGGGCAACUACCACUACUUUUCUUAAAGGAGUUCCCACUCAAACCAUCCUCUAGGCAGCCACUUGGAAUUCUGUUGACACCUUUAUUAGAUGCUAAAACUUAGGACAGGUCUUAAGGGCCAGGACAGGGUUUGCCUCUGGCAUCCUGCAAAAUAUUAUUUCCUAAACCUACAGUAAUCUCAUCCACCCUCAGAGUAUCUUUGGGAAUCUUCCCAAGGAUUAAUACUGCAACAUUGGCUAUGAAGAACAUAGUUCAGUUGUCAUACACAUACUGUAAUUGUAGAUGUCAGAGUAGAUCAGUGUUGCAGUACAUAUUCCCACUCUCCUACCCCUCGGCUAUGUAGGGGCCAUCUGUGUUACUGUUUCUAUAUAUAAUCCCUUUGGCUGAUCCCAACUAUACUUACGUUUCCUUCUAUUUUGCAUUCUCAACCAAAACAAACCAGACAGCUGGGGAGGUUGUGCUGUCCUCUGGCAUCAGACUGCUUUUCUCUGCUUAGACAGACUUGAAGAUGGCACAGACAGAUGCCGUUUUUAUACCCUGAUGUCUAGAUGUUGGUCAUUGAGCAUCCAUCAACUUGGGAUGAUGCUAAGACUCUGGAAAUCUGGCUUGUUGUGGGCUUCUGUGCAGCAGGAAGCACCAAGGAUCAGUACUGCAAAAUUGUUCUAGUAGAAAAUCUACAAUUAUGGUAAACGAGACACAACUGUACUUUUCUUGCUUUCCUGGUUUAUUUUACUAUAGUACUGUUUUACUGAUUCCCAUGUUAUCCUGUUCAAGUGCAUGAUAAAGCUGAGGUUCAUCCUGGCAAAUAGUCUGCAUAAUAGGUUCAUAGGUGAAUGCUAAGCAAAUUGCCCUUGUGAGCCAUUUUAAGCCUAGCCCAUUUCCCUUAAAGGUGAGAAUCAAACUGUGUACCUUGUGUUUGUAGGGUAAAUGUCUUAGCCAUUAUGCCAACUCCCAAAUCCAAAUGUAUGUAUCAACCAUUCAUUUGCUUAAUGACUCUUAGUGAUCUGAGUACAUAGCUAUGACUCUGAAUUAAAAAAAAAUAAAAGUUAACUCUUCUUUUUCGCUUAGUUGAAAAGAGGUUUAACAAGGGGUCACUGAGAGUUUUCAGGUAUAGUGAGGGAAUAUCUUGUGAAAACAAAGCAAUGCAUUAUCAUGGUCAGAUUUGUAGUUCACUGCAGUGUCCAUGUUUUAUGGCUGUGUAAAGGAAGUUACUUUGGCAUGGAUCACUCAAAAUAUGCAGUGUGUCAUUAAACAUCUUUACAUACAGUACAUAUCCAAAUGGUAUGUACCCCAUCAAGAACACCACCUGCCUUGAUUUUUUUAUUCUGUAUUUGUAGUCCUUCCCAGUUGCUGUAGAAUGUGCAUGUGUGCAGCCUACAUAAAUUCUGCUGCAUGUAGUAUUACAGCAAAAUCAGUUAGCCAUUAAAUCCACAGUGAAAGUUAUUCACAGAAUGAGUAGAAAUUAGGAGUGGGAGAUAAUGCAAAUGCUAGACAGCUUGGUCUGAAGCUUCAUUUACUCUUCUUGCCAGUAGGAAGUAAUUAAGAAAGAGGGCUUUGAAUGAGGCCUUCACAAAUAAUUAAUUAGCUGAUUAAGCACACUGCCCUAAUCCUUAAGGUGGCUUAAUGUUACUUUCGUAUGCAGUGAGCCAUUGCUCACAGCAAACUGGCAUGGCAGUCAUAUUACAUUGGUGUAGUGGCAAGACAAGCUUUGCACUGGUAUGUGUACCAUAUUUUUAUUUUGUACUGCCUUUGUAAUAUGAACUGCUUUCUGGUACUCUAGCUGUAUAUGACAACUGCACCAACAGAAAGCUUGUUUUUUCAUGCAGUUAUUUGCACAAGAGUGGAAUUUGCCAUCAGAAGCUUUGGUGUGCUACUCUGAACCAGAGGGUUGCUUAACUUAUGGCUUACUGUUGACUGCACUGUUUUGUGGGCUUUACAUUAGGCCAUUAUAAACAGCUUGUACUGAAAUUGCAAGCUACUUACAGUGAAUGCCCAGUGGUGUUUCUGACUCAUUGUUAGUCAUUUUCCCUUGGUCUUAGCCUUUAGUUUUUUUUUGUUUUUUUUUUUUUUUUUGGAGUUUGGUGCAACUGUGCAUUUUUUAUUGCGCCCUGUGCCUGUUUGCACAAUAUGGAAAUCAGUGAAGGCAGUAUGGAUUUAAGAGUUCAUCAAAGCCAGAUAUAAGCAGGUUUCUUGGAGUACUUUUCUACAGAGGAAAUGGUAUGUGAGGGAAUCAAUGACACCUACUUUUUUGUGAGAGGAUGUGCCCUCUGUAUCCCUCAUCUUGGCAUAAUCUGUUGUACCCCCAACAUGCCUCACCUUGGCAUAAUCUGCUCUAAGUAAGACUGCCACAUAUUAUAGGAAAAAGUAUGUUUCCUGUUUUUUUCUUGUAUUGAACAGAAAGAGCAUUUUUGCUUAAACAUUGAUGUUUGACCAUUUAUUUUUAUCCAGGGGAUUACUAAGUGUAAACAUAUUGUGCAUUGUGAUUUUUUUUGUUUUUGUUUACAAUAGCAGCUUACAGUAAGUUCUUUCUUCUUCAAGUAAUUGCCUUUGAAUCAGUGGGAAGUGAGACUUUGGACAUUGCAAUGGUGUGAAAGUAUUUAUGGUAUAUGGUAAAUUGUCUAUAUUUUACUUCAUAUGCUGCACUUUAAAACAGCUAAGAAUAAGCAAUAUGGGAUUGUAGAUAGGUUCCAAAUGUGUUAUCCAUACAGCUAUUUAUUUUCCUUAUGUACUGAAUCUGAGAUGGGCAGACAGUAUACGGAAGCAAGGAACUAUUGAAAAUGGUGGAAAGAAACGCUGAGCUUUCCAGUCUAUUGUAUUAUAUUAGUAUAAUCAAUAGACCUUAUAAACUGUACGCCGUCUUUUUUUUUAAUACUGUUUUCUUGUAUUAAAUUAUGUCAGCUGUAAAAUUAACUGAAAGCAGAUGUAUCUUUUUGCUCGUGCUGGGCUAGCCUGUAUAAGAACCAUCUGGGGGAAUGCACCGCAGACAAAAUGUUAACCAGUACAUCUAAUAACUAUGGAAGGGACUGAGAGAUGACAGAUGCCAACAAUCCUUUCCUGUACUCAUUCAUUGAAAUUCAUAUUCUGUUAUGUAUUGACCAUUCUGUUUGAGUCUGGAAACUUAAGCCCCAAUACUGUUAGAUUUUACUUAUUUUAUGUGAUACUUAUCAUUUCCAGAAACAUCAGAUAAUAAGUUUUACAUUUUAAGCUAUGUACUGGAAAAGUUUUGAGAUUAUUUAAGUUUGUGUUUUACCAGAAAAUGUUUGAUUAAAUGUGUUGCUGUAAGAAGUAUGCAUUUACUUGUCGAAAUAGAGCAUAUGGCCUUCUUUAUUUGAUCAGGUUAUUUCCAUUAAUUCUUACUAAUGUAUAACCUGAAGUUUUGCAGUAUUCUUAACUGUUUACUCUUCUGUUAAUGUUUGUGACAAAAUAUUCUGCUGUAGAGCCUAUCAGUGGUCAUUAGAACAUUCAAAAUUAAUUUCCCUGUUUUAACACAGUAACCAUCAUACACACAUGCACAUAUAUAUAUAUAUAUAUAUAUAUAUAUAUAUAGAGAGAGAGAGAGAGAGGCAGAAAUAUGGAUAUGUUAAAUUAGUAAUGGUAUAGAUAUGAUAUAUUAAACUGGAAACUUGAAGGCAGGUAAUCUAAGGAAAACACAUUUAGUAACAGACUAUUAGUUAAAUGAGGAUUCAAAUACAUACCAUGUAUGUUUUAUUACAUAUUGAAACUAAAUUGUAUAGCCACCCCCAUAUCGUAUUAAACUUUCAAGUAAAAUAUUUUUGGCAUUUAGUUUUACUGUCAUGUACUCCUUAUCUUGGAUUGUGCUAGAUAUCCUUCAGAAUCAUGCACAUCAAGCCCCUUGUCUCUACCACAAAUCCCCUUCCAGCUACAAUAGUUUUUACCUGCACUGUGCUUCUUGGGUUGCCUUCUGCCCCAUGUGAAGGCUUUCCUGCCUAAGUAGCAACACAAUGGUACAGCAGUUAGUUUAUUGCCUCCUAGCUCCAGGGAAUGGGGUUUGAAUUUGACUUGAAGUCACUGUGUCUGUCUGGACUUUGUAUGAUCUGCAUGUGUUUAUAUAAGUUUUAUCUUGGUACUGUACUUUGCUUCUACCUCCAGAAGACAUGCUGACAUACUGGUUUGUCGGAAUUGUCCAUAUAUUGCAUAUGACUUUGCCCAGGUCACCCAGGUUGUGCUGAAAAGGUCUACAUUGAUGGGUUCAUUUGUCAAAAGCUUAAUAUAUAAUUAAAUAAAUGUACUAACUAAAUAGAUAGUCCUCUGUGGCAUGGCAUAGGUGUGCUGUAGUACAGGUACCAUUCUUUGAUGAGUACUCAGCACAGCUGUCAUCAGAUCUGACUAAUAAAGCCCCUACUUUACCUCUGUCUGGGCCAUAUACGUGUUUGUAGUCUUCAUAGUCUUCACUUAGGUGCUGCAGUUGUGCCAGAGCAACAAAGCAUCACUUCCCAGAAGAAGGGAGCUGGCUCUCAAAGUACUUAAUCCUUGGCUAGUCCUCUGGUCUGGUUCUUAAUCUCUUCUCUUCCUCAGCCCUGACGACCAGCAUAAUAGGCCAAAACUUUAUCAUCUGUAUUACUGGAUCAGUUGUAAUGAAUCUCCCCAAAGAAUAUAUUUAUCAAAUAACAAAUUAUGCACAUUUUCUUUCUACAUUCCUAAGAACAUGAUCGUAUUUUACAUUUGCCUGAAGUGCAGGACACUACAGAAAGCAUCCCACACAAGAAAUAUAUUCAGAGUUACAGUAUGCACAAACCAGCAUAUAAUGGGUUGUGUGGGGGAGGGGUUGGUAGAGGGUGUUUUGUUGGGUGUGUGCAGAUGCUUGUUCUGUGUUUUUUUUCUCCAGCAUAGUUAUUGUAUAAAUGUAACUGUGUUACUUCUCAUUCAGCAGCUGCAGGCAGUAUCCAGCACAAGGAAAGAAACAGGCAAUUGAUACAUAAUGAUGGUGCAGAAGGCCUGAAUGUUUUCUAUAAGAACAUGAGGAGGAAGAAAUCCUUUUUAUGUAAAAACAAGCACACACACACACAUGACAUAUAUGACUAUGACAUAGAGUAGUCAAUUAUGUUUAUUUUUAGUGUCCGAUAGUCAUCAUGAUUUCUAAUCUCAUUGUGGUUAUGGAAUAAUUUUAUAGAUAAAUCUCGUCAUGAUUAUGGAAUAAGUUUCAGAUAAGCAAUCUAUUUUUUUUGUUGUUGUUAAAAUGUAAUCUUUUUUUCUGAAUUGUCAAAUUUUCAAUUGAUUUUGUUAUUACCAGUACUAGGCAACAGCCUGUGCUUAACUGUGAAUCUAACUUUUUAAAACUAUUAUUAUUUGUAUAAAGGAAACACUUCAUUAUUGUUUAGAUAUUUUAAAAUUGUACUGUACUUAUAAUAAUUAUAGGCCUUAAAUGCAUUUAAGGUUAUAUGAUUUAAAUAUUUUGAAUAUUGCAUAUCAAACUCAAUAAAGAAAUAUGGACUGUU